AAAGCCACAGAAGCUUAAUGGCGCCCUUGUGCUCAGAUUAGCUAUUCCCUUUCUCUCCUCCUCCUCCUCCUCCCCCCCUCCCCUCUCCCCACCUUCUUCCUUCCUCAAGGGACAGAAGGAGGGGGGGAAGACGAGCAGAAAGCAGCCUGCCGCCGAGGCGAGGAAGGCGCGCAGACCAGCCUGGGCAGCAGCGGCGGCCGCAGCAGCAGCAGCAGCGGCAGAAUGCGCGGGGCGCCCACACCCUGGCCAGGCUGCUCGCGCCCCUGAGGAGCGGGCGGCAGCGCGUGGUCCAUGCAAACCCCGGCGGGAGCGACAGAGCUCAGGAGGCGCCCACUGGGCAGAGGCGGCCGAGGCGGCGGGCUUUUCUCUUUCCGAGGACGGCGCCGUCAACAACAGCAGCAGCAGCAACAGCAGCAAGAGAAGGAUUAUUCUGCAAUGACUACAGCCAGAUACAGACCUACUUGGGACUUGGUGCUUGAUCCUCUUGUGUUGUGUAAACUCUGCCUUGGGGAGUAUCCUGUGGAGCAGAUGACAACAAUAGCACAAUGCCAAUGCAUCUUCUGUACACUGUGCCUGAAACAGUAUGUGGAGCUUUUGAUCAAGGAAGGCCUUGAAACAGCAAUUAGCUGUCCUGAUGCUGCUUGCCCAAAGCGAGGUCAUUUACAAGAAAAUGAAAUUGAGUGUAUGGUUGCAUCGGAAAUCAUGCAGAGAUAUAAAAAACUACAAUUUGAAAGAGAAGUGCUUUUGGAUCCUUGUCGGACUUGGUGCCCAUCUUCUUCCUGCCAAGCUGUUUGUCAGCUUCAGGAAUCAGGACCUCAGAGCCCCCAGUUGGUGCAAUGCAAAGUCUGUGACAUAGAGUUUUGCUCAGCAUGCAAAUCUAACUGGCAUCCAGGACAAGGAUGUCAAGAAAAUAUGCCAGUCAGCCUCCUUCCAGGAGAAACAAGCUCUGUUUAUAAAAUGGAAGAAGAUGAUGCUCCAAUCAAGCGCUGCCCAAAAUGCAAAGUUUAUAUUGAAAGGGAUGAAGGCUGUGCCCAAAUGAUGUGUAAAAAUUGUAAACAUGCCUUCUGCUGGUAUUGUCUGGAAUCACUUGAUGAUGACUUUCUCCUUAUACAUUAUGACAAAGGACCUUGCCGAAACAAGUUAGGUCAUUCUAGGGCAUCAGUUAUUUGGCACAGAACACAGGUUGUGGGGAUUUUUGCAGGAUUUGGCCUGCUGUUAUUAGUGGCAUCUCCUUUUCUUCUCCUCGCUACUCCGUUUGUCCUCUGCUGCAAAUGCAAGUGUAGUAAAGGAGAUGAUGACCCUCUGCCUACUUAGAGAGAACGAAGAAGGGACCUACUCAGCAUCGCUGUCCAUUUCCUACCCCCCCCACUUUGCACUUAAUCUUGUUAGUGUCUUGCCUUAUUCCACUUUGAGUGAGAGGUGAGACACCAGAAUUCCCUAUUCACCAGUCAGAUUAUGGGUAACCGUUUAAGGACUGGCAGAAAACAAGCUGAACAUUGGAACUGUGGGCAUCAAUGAUCUGAGUCAUUCCUUCUUUUCUGGGGGACAACAUUAGCAGAUCUGGAACUGAGUUACACUACCCAGAUGAAAAUCUUCAUAUAUCUAUUCACAUUGAACUGAGAGAGGUUUUUACCCUUGGCAAAGGUGUUUUUUGCAAACCCAUUACCCAUUAUAAUAUGUUCGUUUUAGAUGUGACUUCAAUAUCUGUUUAUUAAAAUCAAUUUCUUAAUAUGUGCAAUUGAAAAAUGUCUAAGUAUUCUUGUCUCAUCUCCACUGCCCAUCUUUCUCACACAAAGUAAUGGCAUCCAGAUAGAUGCCCCAGGCCUUAGAUUUUCAAAACUAAAAGGUGCCAUUUCUGCCUGCUAAUAUUUGAAAAUCUAUGUAAACUAAAUAUGUGGAUAUGUCUGCAUUUUGGGGUUUUUUCUUUAAAUUUGUUUAGGGUUGGGAGGGAGGAUAUCAACAUUUUGUGGUUCAGAUAUAUAGCCCAGAACUGUUAUAUAAUCAAGACUCUUUUAAACAUCAAGAUGAUACUAAACCAGGGGUAGGCAACCUUGGCUCUUUUAUGACUUGUGGACUUCAACUCCCAGAAUUCCUGAGCCAGCAUGGCUCAGCUUGGAAACCUCUCUCUUUCCCCUCAGCAUGGCUGGUUCAGGAAUUCUGGGAGUUGAAGUCCAUGAGUCAUAAAAGAGCCAAGGUUGUCUAUCCCUGUACUAAACCCUUAAUUUAACAGAUCUCAGUUUAGAGGACUUCAGAUUUAACUGUCAAAAUCUGUUAGAACAGGAAUAUGUCAUGCUGGGAGUUGGCACCGUGGCAGUUGAGGAACAGCAGGGGAGAGGAGAAAGGGAAGGGGCUGGGAUGAUUGGCGACAGGCUGGCCAAUAGGAUAUGCUACUCUGGGAGAUGCCAAAUAGAGGAAGGUAGGGAUAUGCACCAUGCCCUGAUUGCCAGCCUUGUCCAACUGUGCCUUUUGUUUCCUACCUAGAUUUGUUUCUAGCUAUUGUUUACCUAUUUGCUACAUGUAAAUAGAGCUGCCUCUAAUCUGGUAUCCUUUUACAAACCUAGGAAAAAUAUUUUGUAGAAGCCAAGCACGCAGACAAAUAUUCUAAAUUUGGGGAAGGUCUGAGGCUCAUGAUUUUUCUUUUGUUGGUAGGUGCUAACCUGAGGACAAAACAAUCACCAGAAUUUCCCACAUCGGAGUUGGAGGGGGUAUAUGGAAAGUGUAGAUGUUCCCCCAUCUUUUAUAAUGUCCAGCAGAAACUGAUGAUCAGCCAGAGAGAGGGACACCUUAUGUCCCUUCAGCUCAAUUUACUAAGCUGUGCCUGGAUGUAGAAGGAUAAUAGAGAUGUUAUAGUCCCAUCUAAAUUCAAAAAGGUUCUGUUUUCUCCCUUCCAUUUUGCUUCAAUUAUUUAAAAAACCUGCAGUGAUAAUACAUACUCUAAAAGCUCUUCAAAAAGUGUAUUUAAUUCAUUUAAAAAAACACUUCUAUUUUAUUACGUACGGUUUUGUGACAGCAGACAUUGUUUUUAAAUAUUCCCCUUUCCAUCUUAUAUUUUGACUAAUAUUCUCUUCAUAUUCUGAAGGACCAUAAAAUGGACAUCUGGCUGCAGUUGAUAACUCACCAUUGGUUAUUUUGUUCUGAGUGAAAUCUAAAAUGUAGAUAUUAAAUUAGGAGAAAGUAUUCACUCAUAAUGUUCUAUAACCAAAUGAAACCAUAUGUAAGCCAAUUGAAAGAGAAAAUAUUUUGUGGCAUAAUAAGGACAUAACUACUGGGCUGAGGGAUUGUACUUAUUAUCUAAUGCAAAUCUGAUCACAGCUGUUCUCCCAUAUCAGAACAUUAAUCUAUUGGUUGCAUUGCUUUAGUCUUUUUUCCCCCUAGUAAAGAAAAUGAAAUCACUUCUCCUAAUUUUCCCAUUUAUCAAUUUUUAGAUGGUUAGCAGAGCAAGAGGGAGUGAUAUUUGUCUCUGACAACAAUGGUUUAAAAAAAGAACCCAGCCAUAAUUAGCAUCCAAGAUAUAGCAAUCCUUUCAAAAUAAUAGUAGGAAUUGAAGAGAUGAAGUAUUCUCAUUGUGAUCCUAACUGGAAUCUUUGCACCUCACCCACCCUCUUAACAUUCAGCAUAAUUUGAAAAGAGUUCUUUUUAGGCAAUCCAUUCCUACCUGCAGUGAGGCCAACAUGAUGAAAUGUGUGUCAGGACAUCACAGCACAAGCCCAUAAAGCAGAAUUUGUUUUUCAGUGUUGCAACUAACUUUUCACCCCUGCUGUCCCUGUCGAUGUAAAGAAAGAAAAAAGCAUUUGCAGUAGCUUCUCUUUGAAUCAUUGUGCAGGAAUGCCAGGGUCCUCCAAAGGUGAAGCAUGAGCAAAAUUGAGAGCCAUUGUAAAUUUGUGCAUAUGUUAAAUACCAUGCAAGCUAGUUUUACAAAGGGUUUUGUCCUAGGAAAACAGACUGUAACGGAAAUAGUGGCAUUAAGGGGUUUUUGACAAUCAUGCUUGCUAAUGCACUUCUGCAAAUGACAGAACUCCUAUUUUGUGUCUAAAGUCCCCUGCUGGUUCCUGCUUUGUUAGACGUGUAAUCCUGUCUUAUUGGAGUCCAAAAAUAUUGGGCCCAGGUGUGUGCCAUACAAUUGAAUCAUCCCUGCUCAUCGAACCGUGAUUUUUUUUAAAACCUUGUACAGAGAAGCAUGGAAGAGUCCUGCAUAUCGAUAAAUAAUGUCGACUACAGUAAAAAAAAAAAAAAA